CUUCGCCUGCGUCGACUGCUACAGGCCGAAAUGGACCGCAAGGAGGCCCUGUCUCGCCAACUCAGUGGCAGCGAGUCCAGUCUGGAGAUGGAAGACGAGAGGUAG